AUGGCGGACGACUUCAAGAAGACGGCCGAUAACUUGGAAGAUCGGGACUCCAAGGGAACUCCUAAAGUCUUGUCCACGGAUUCUUCGUCUUCAUCAACAUACGAUGGCCCUCGCGCUACGCAGAGUGAUUGUGCCUUUGAUACUACCGAGGACCCACGGUUUUAUAAGCCUAUUCCUGAAUAUGAGGGCGCCCAUCGCUGGGAUCCAGACUUUGAAUGGACAGAGGAGGAAGAAAAUGCGGUCCUCCGAAAGAUCGACUGGCGCGUUUGCACGUUCGCCUGCUUGACGUUCUUCGCACUACAGCUGGACCGUGGAAACAUCGUUCAAGCAACAUCCGACAACAUGCUAGAAGACCUUGGCAUGACAACAAACGACUACAACACCGGCCAAACAAUCUUCUACGUAUCAUUCCUAUUCGCCGAGAUGCCCUCCCAGCUUAUCUCGAAGUGGGUAGGGCCCGAUCGCUGGAUCCCCUUCCAAAUGGUCAGCUGGAGUCUCAUCGCCGCCUGCCAGGCAUUUCUCCAGAACAGGGGCGGGUUCUUCGCGACCCGCGCUCUGCUCGGCCUCCUCGAAGGUGGCUUCAUCCCAGACACCAUUCUCUUCCUCUCAUUCUGGUACAAAUCCAAAGAGUUGCCUAUCCGCCUCAGCUUCUUCUGGAUGACAUACGAAGCAACCAUGAUCAUCAGUGCAUUCCUUGCUUUCGGCUUCCUUCAUAUCCGCCAAUCCGAUGGCACCGGUGGCUGGCGAUACCUCUUCGCCCUGGAGGGAUUGAUCACCGGUCUGAUCGGUAUCGUCGCUGCAUUCUGGAUGCCCGCCUCCCCCACCCAAACCGCAGGCCGGUUCCGGGGGAAGAACGGCUGGUUCAACGAGCACGAGGAGAAAAUCAUGGUGAAUCGUGUGCUGCGCGACGAUCCCAGCAAGGGCACCAUGCACAAUCGCCAAGCCGUGACUCCCAAGCUCCUCUGGCAGGCUCUGAAGGACUACGACAUGUGGGUGAUUUACCUCCUCGGCCUGACCUGGUUGAUCCCCAACACGCCAGCGACAGCAUACAUCAGUUUAGAGUUGAGAUCCCUUGGCUUCAGCACCUUCCACACGAAUCUGCUCACCAUUCCAGCCUACGUGAUAUUUAUUCUUAAUCUGAUGUUCUGGACAUGGAUCUCUGAGCGGUUCAACCAGCGAUUCCUCAUCGGUGUCGUUGCUGAAAUCUGGGCUUUGGCCAUGUUGAUCGCCUUGACGGUUCUUCCUGACGGUGCGAGUCAGUGGGUACGCUGGGCCUUGUUGGUCCUCCUGCUUGGUAUGCCCUAUGCGCAUGCGAUUAUUGUUGCGAUUACCUCGCGCAAUUCCGGGUCUGUACGGACGCGGACGGUUGCUACUGCUCUCUAUAACAUGGCGGUGCAGGCGAGUAACAUCAUUGGUAACAAUAUCUACCGCACCGAGGACAAACCAUACUACCGCACCGGUAACAAGGUCCUCAUUGCUCUGGCCGUAUGGAGUAUGGCGGUGUUCAUCGCUGCCAAGAUUUACUACGUGCAACGAAACAAGUAUGUCUCCUCACGUAUUCUCAAAUGGAUCUUGCUAAUAUCUGCCAGACAAAAUGCCGCCAUCUGGGAUAAAAUGACCAGCGAAGAGCGAUCUCGAUACGUUGUCGAAAACAAGGAUCUUGGAAACAAGAGAGUCGAUUUCCGCUUCUUACACUAG